UGUCUGUUUAUCUAAAUAGAUGAUAGUUUAGGUUUUUAUGAGGUAUCAGUAUAAAGAUGAAGCCGCAUCAUGGAAUAAUCAAAAGGAAAUUGUGCAUGCCAAGAGCUGAUGGAGAAUAAAUUGGAUUGGAUGAAAGACCUCAUGUCAUUACGCCGCCAAAGUCUGAAACUCUUUGUCGACUGUGUGCAAAAGAAAAAGCAGAGUUUAAAAGAACUCCCAUUGCUGUCCAUGGCUCCAUGAAUAUUUCAAUCACGUUAGUAAUUAGGAACAUGCGCAACUGUAAAUGUUUGACGCAUUGUGCCUUUACGUCCAAAUUAGGAUUGUUAUUUAGUGCUUUUGUUUUAGUUUUGGAGAAGAAAUUAGAGCUACACUAACCAUAGAAAUGAUUAUUUUUGAGGUUAAACAUUGAUAUUUCAGAGUUGUCCUUUUCUGUGCUUUUCAAGAUGAAUAUUCUAACUACAGCUCCAAUUCCAUUGUUUCUCUGUGUAACUACAAACACAUAUGAACCACAGGUUGAUGUGGAUUUCAACCAGUUUCAGUGGGCUCCUGUCAACCAAUCCUCCAAAAUGUCAACAGCAUUUACAAGCUAUGACACUUCAUCCUCUGUAAAGACGGCCACUGCUUCAUCUGUAGCGUCUGCAUCGUCGGUGGCUCAUGAGGCGGCAGAUCAUUUCCCUCCCCCACCCUUAAACCUGCAGGUAUCUCAAGAAGUCCUUCACAACGUCUCCUCCCAGCCUCAGGGUCAGGUGUCCCAGCAUAAGCAAACUGCCAGUAAGGAGCAUUACUUUAAGUACAAGAGUAUGGCUGAACUAAAGCGCCUCUACAAGCACAUACAUCCAGAGGUACGCAAGAACCUCGAAGCAGAGUUCCUGAGUCAGCUCACCGAAGCAGAAAAGGCCGAGUUGGAAAGUAAAGAAAUCGUAGGUGAUGUCCAGCAGGCAUGCUACAUGUUUGAAAAUGACGGCAACAACUCAAGUAAGAGUUCGAGCCCUGACAGGGAAUACGUGGAGUGGGAUGAGAUCCUCAAAGGUGAAGUGCAGUCCAUGCGGUGGAUGUUCGAAAACAAGCCUCUGGAUACAAUCAAAGACAACACCGAAGAUGAGAACGAGGUGAGAAAUAACAUCGCCCAGCAGGAGAUCAUCGCAGGAAAAGAUGUCAGAUACACAGCUUGGAUGUUUGAGACUCAGCCCAUGGAUGCUCUGGGAACAGAGACUCCUGAUGCAACGGAGCAGUCAGAAAAACAGGCCGAUCUCGCAAGAGGAGAUGUCCGCACUGCUACUUGGCUUUUUGAAACGCAGCCACUCGAUUAUCUGAAUAAAAUCUACCAAGAAGACGAGCAGGAAAUGGACGUUACUGUCAGUAAAGACAUCACCGGUGGAGAUGUUAAGACUGCUCGGUAUCUUUUUGAGACCCAGCAUCUUGAUUCUCUGGGCAAAACAGAAACCAUUGAGGAGAGUCACUUCCUGAACCUGAAGUCGGAGCUGGAAGAGAUUAAAGGAGAUGUAAAGACAACAACUCGCCUGUUUGAGACGCAGCCCAUGUGUGUCAUCAGGGGAGAUUCUGGAGAGAUUUUGGAGAUCACCACCAUCCGUAGGGAGGAGACUGAGAAAGGAGACGUCAAGACAUCACGCUGGAUGUUCGAAACGCAGCCUCUGGACAUGAUCAACAAAGACCCUGCUAAAGUAAAGCUGAUAUGUGGUAUUUCCAUGGAGGACAAUAGUCAAGGUGGAGUGAACAAAGGUCGGUGGCUUUUUGAGACAAAGAGUCUUGACACCAUUAAGGAUGAGGAAUGGGAGAGUUCCAGGAGGCAAAAGGAAGAAAUAAUUGGAGCUGAUGUAAGAAAGCAUUGCCUUGUUUUUGAGACUCAGCCUAUGGAUACUCUGAAAGAUAAUGCCAAUGCUCGGCCUUUACCCUCUGAGGAGAUUGUAGGAGGUGAUGUUCAGUCAGCCAAAUAUCUGUUUGAAACUGUACCCAUGGAAAAUCUGAAAGAGCUGCAGGAAGUGGGAAAACUUCAGAAAAUGGUUGCAUCUGAAGAAGAAAAGGGUGACGUGAGGCAUCAGAAGUGGGUCUUUGAAAGCCAACCUCUGGAGAAUAUCAGGGAGGAGAAGAAGGAGAUUACAAGAACUGUAAACAUUGAAGCCCUCGACAAAGGAGAUGUGACAAACUACAAAGAAAGGUUUGAAAGUAUGGAUUUAAGCAAAUGUGAAGGGACGCAGAGAAUUCAAGUGGAAGGUGUCACCAGUGGCUCUGUCAAGUCCAACAGAGUUCUGUUUGAAUCCUCCCCCAUGUACGCCAUGCAGGACAGCUCUGGACAUUACCACGAGGUGAAGACAGUGAGGCGUGAGGAGAUUGUGAAGGGAGAUGUGCGCAGCUGCAGAUGGAUGUUUGAAACCCGUCCUAUCGAUGAGUUUGACGAGAGCAUCAAUAAAUUUCAGAUCAUAAAAGGCAUCUCCAAACAGGAACUAGAGUCAGGGGAUGUAAAAACAGCAAAGUGGCUGUUUGAAACUCAACCACUUGAUGCCAUUAAGUUUUUCAGUAAUUCUGAGGAUGAAGAACAGAAAACUGUGGAAGGCAUUAAAGUCGAAAAAGGGGACGUAAAGACUUGUAGGUGGCUAUUUGAGACUCAGCCAAUGGAUGUUCUGUAUGAAAAGGUGGAAAAGAGCGAGGCUGAUGUCGAACUAGUGCAAAAAGGUGACGUGAAAACAUGCACUUGGCUUUUUGAGACUCAGACACUUGACAACAUACGUGACCAUUCGGAGGCCGAGACCAUCCUGAAAACCUGCACUGUGAAGCAGGAGGACAUUCACGGGAAAGACGUGCGACUGGCUCGCUUCCUCUUUGAAACCGAGAAUCUGGAAAACAUCACAGGUGAGGACAGCGGCUCUUUCAGGAGGGUCACAGAAAUCGACAUCCAGUCAGGCGACGUUUCCAGGAUGAAGUACAUCUUCGAGAAUCGCUCCUCUGACAUCAUGAGCUCCACCUCCGAGGAGACGAUGCAGAGGCUGAAGACGCAGCAGGCCGAGGACAUCCAGAGGGGUAACGUGAUCGACUGUACGUGGAGGUUUGAGAACCAGCCAAUCGAUGCGAUACGUGACGAUGCCACUGAAGUGAGGGAAAUCCGCACGGUGACCGACGUUAAGGGGGGCGACGUUGACAAAAGCCGCUUCAUUUUUGAAACAUAUUCUCUUGAUCAAAUUAAAGAGGAGUCCACUGAGACUGAUAUGUCAAGACUCACUAGUAUCUUCAGAGAGGAAAUUGAGAGGGGAGAUGUAAAAAAUUACACCAUGAUGUUUGAAACUCAGCCGCUGUAUGCCAUUCGUGACAAGGAGGGUCAUUAUCACGAAGUAACUACAGUUACGAAGGAAGAAAUCAUGAGAGGGGACGUGGUCGGUGCUCGAUGGCUGUUUGAGACAAAACCUCUGGAUUCAAUUAGAGAUUCAGAGGAGGUCUAUGUUAUUAAAGCUGUGACUGAAGAAGGCGUCAACAAAGGAGAUGUUAGCUCUGCCAGGUGGAAGUUUGAAACACAACCCCUGGAUGAAAUUACACAGGAGAUAAAAGUUCGGUCCAAGACCGUUGCAGACAUCCAAGGAGGCGACGUGAAGACAAACAAACAGCGAUUCGAGACGGAUGAAAUGUCACAGAAGUACAUCCGGACUGUUAGCGUGAGUGAAAUCCAGAAAGGUGACGUCAGAUCUGCCACGUGGAUGUUCGAAACCCGCACGAUUGAUGAGAUCCACGGCGAUGGAGCCGAGUACGAUGGCAUGGAGAGAGUGACAAAAGAGGAAGUAAUGAAAGGAGAUGUCAAACAAUCUGUGUGGCUCUUUGAGAAGCAGCCCCUGGACAGCAUUAAAGAGAGUGACGGCACAGAGCUUGUUGUGACAAAGGAAGAAAUCCCACAGGCCGAUGUGAAGACGACAACAUGGCUAUUUGAAACCACUCCAUUUCAUGAAUUCAACGACAGCAGUGUGGAGAAGACGGAAAUAAUUGGAAAAAGUAUAAAAGAGACACUGGAGGAACUUUACUGUCAGAAAAUGGUUGACUCGCAGGGUAUUCUCAUUGAGGCAGAUGAAAUUGGUGACGUCCGUAUGGCUAAGUAUAAACUCAUGAACCAAGAGGCUCCAGAAAUCCAAAAAGAAGAGAUUAUUAGAGGGGAUCUUAGCAACAUAAUGAUGAACCUUCUGAACCGACGGGAGACCACCGAAAGGGUCAUAACUAUCGAUAAGGAGGAGCGAGGGAACAUCAACACCACAGUGAAGCAACUCUUCAGCCAGGAAAAGGGAAUCAGCUUCGAAAAGGAGGAAAUUAUCCGCGGGGACAUUCAAGAGGCCAUGAACAACCUGCUUAAGAGUGAAGACUCCUCCAAGCGGGGCAUACUUAUUCAAGAGGACGAGAAAGGAGACGUGAGGAUGACUAUUUAUUCCCUCUUAAAUAAAGGGGAGAGAGCUAGCAUGGAGAAAGAAGACGUCGUUCAGGGGAAUGUCAGCAAAACCCUUCAUCGUCUUCUUUCCAACUCAGGAGGAGAGGAUUCUAAAAAGAUAAGAGUCGGAGACACAGAAAGGGGUAAUGUCAGCUUUUACUCCACAUGCAUCGAGUCUGGAGCCUUGGAUUACCUGAAGCAGCUUCAGUAUGAACCUGACGAAGACCAGGAAACUGUACAAAAGGAGCGGAUCAUAGGUGGCGAUAUUGAGGAGACCAAAAUCCUGCUGAGAAAGAAUCAGCAGCAAAUUGGUCGCACUGUGGCAGAGGUCGACAUAGUUCCUGGUGAUGUACACAGCAUUGUUAAGGUGUUUAUGACGGAGCCGAGUGUUACCUACAGAAACCUGGAGAAACAGGACAUUGUUAAAGGCGACCUUAGUGCAGCCCUGGACUCACUGACCCAAGCCAUCAAUCAGAAAGUGGUAUUAGAAAAAGAGGAGGUGGUGAAAGGAGACAUACCGACCACUCUGAAGUCUCUGGAAGAAGCCCAGCAUCAAGGCAAAGAAAUGGAAAAGCCUGAAAUUGUCAGGGGAGACAUCAGGGGAGCUCUGGAAUCACUGGAAAAAUCUGCUGCUACCAAAACAGAAGUAACUGUUGAAGAUUUAGUGCCAGGGGACAUCAAAGGGACAUUGAAAUCCCUGGAGGAAGCCAAGCAAGCUGUGAAAGAAGUGGAAAAACAGGAGAUUGUCAAAGGAGACAUUCACACUGCCAUGCAAAGUCUACAUGAGGCAUCAAGUGAUAGAAAGAUUUAUCAGCACCAAGUGAGUGAACAAGGCGACGUCAAAGCCACUAUCCAGCUGCUGCUGGAGCCGACGACUUCUCCAAGAAUGCAACGCAGAGGCAGCAUUGAAGGAGACGUGAAAACAUCGAUAAAAUGUCUUUAUGAAGGGCAGGAGACGGCACAAGUGGAAAAAGAAGAGGUUGUGAAAGGUGACGUUCGAGGUACAAUAAAGUGUUUAAUGCAAAGAAAACAGUAUACAAAUCCAAAACGCAUGCAUCCUCCCAAGAAAGCGAAAGUGCCCGUGAAAAACCCAUUAACUGUAAAGCAAGUGGAGCAUGAAUGCUUCCAUGAAGCCAAGAGUGAGAGUGCGGCGGACAAUGCAGCCCCCGCCGUGAAAAAUCUCUCUCAGAGCGGUGAGUCACAGAAGCACACACAGCGGCACCACGAAAGCAAAUCGCUGAAAACACAGGUAAUAACCCAGGAGGACCACUCCGUUACUGUAGCCAAAACAGACAAUCCUGCUGGGGCCUCUCAGCACAAGAGCACAAAAGAACAGAAGCAGAAAGUGCUGCCCCCGCAGAAAAUACAAGCUCCUAAGCCUAUUAUGAUAAAGAAUAAACAAAAGAUGAAUAAUGAUCAAACAGAGGCGAAAGCUGCUGAUGUGAAUGUGAUAAAAGAAGUGCAAAACACAUCACAGACAAAUAUUUCAAACAAACAAAUGCACGAGAUAAAGACAAUCAAACAGGUGCAGACUACGGUGACGGAGAAAACGGUGCAUAAGCAGAAUGUAACGGCAUCGGAGCAAAUGUUGACGUCUCAGAAACAGACGGAGAAUAAGGCUGUCGCACAAAAGCAGGGCGUCAGGAAUGUGAAGACUGAUCAGCGUAGCCUUGAUAUGAGAGGGAAAGGUGUGAAUAAAAAGACAAAGCCGGAGAUUCACUUCCCUCCUCCUCCCUCCUCACCGCCUCCUCCAUCAGAAUCUGAGCUCUCCUUGCCUCCACCUCCAUCUCCGGUGGCAGAGAGUCCGGCACCUCCAUCCCCGACUUCCCGGCCUUCCAUCAUGAGACAGGACAGUGACCUCCCACCUCCUCCACCUCCACCUCCCAUGGAAAGCAUAAAAUCUGAGCCUGAUUUCUUCCCUCCACCUCCACCUCCUCCACCUCCAUCCUCCAUGGGCGGACAAGAUUUUCUCCCUCCACCUCCCUCUCAGCAAGAGCUUAAUGCGAUGCCUCAGGCUGCCCCUGUGAAGCUGGGGAAGCCCGUUGGGAAGCCUUUAUUUAAGGUGCCCAAGCAGCCAGAACCGCAGAAGCAGCCCGUACAAGUCAAACCCAAAUGGCAGAAAAAGCAACCAACGCCUCCACCGCCUCCACCUCAGCUCCCCCCUGAUCAAGAAACAGAAACACCAACAGAAGUUAAACUUCAGGAGAUGAAACAGGAAACAACCCAACAGACUGAAACCAACUUUCAGGCUACUUCAACAGCAUCACCACCAACGAAAAUACCAAGCAUCCCACUUGUAAAACCAGCACAAAAAGAAUCCCCACAGCCACCUAGAAAGACAUUCGUCCCUCCCAUUAAGCUUCCACCGUCCCCAGAACCCGCUCCAGCUGCAAAACCUAAACCCUACGCUCGUAAAUUUAAAACCCCACUCAUGCUGGCAGAGGAACGGUACCGCCAACAAAAGCUGGAAAAAGAGGAAAAAGAAAUGAGCAGAGUCACGACCCCAACUUCUCCACCAAGUAAUAUACAUUUUUCUGCUGCUACUGCUGAGCUUUCUGAAACAGAGAGCGCUAAGAAAGAAGCGACAAAAGCAAAGACCGAAGAGGCUAAGACCGUUUCCAAAGAAGGAAUAUUAGCACAAGAAUCGCCUGUCAAAAAAACCCCUUCCCAGAUCCCUUUGAGCAAACCCAUGAUCUCAGUGGAAAAUAAGAAAUCAUCCCAGGGGUCUCUGGAUAAAAAGCGUGUUUCCAACAAGCAGUCCACAGAAAAAAUCCUCACGUCCACUGAUGUCGUCAAAAAGGGCCCCAAGAAUCAGGCUGCUUCUGUUCCUCACCGCGAGGCUUCGAAUAAUGAAGUCCGGUCAUGCUCCAGCGUGGUCACUUCCUCAGUCACAGAGGAGCAGCAGUUUAUUAAGAAAUCCAGCAGCAGGUCUGUCGCUGCCGCACAGAGUGCCGUCCACGAAAAUGUAAAUCUUCAAAGCCAGGCUGCGGUCACAUUGAAACCCGAAGAUGUAAAGAAUAUUAAUGUGGCUCUGACACAGGAGGGAAAAAUGAGUCCCUCUCAGCCCACUAAAAUUCCAAAGGUAACGCCAAGUUUCAAGGUGAAAACCUUCAAGAUGCCGACGGAGAAGAAAGAGGAGAAACGUGACAGUUUGGGUCAAAAAGAAGCAGCGAAAAGUGAAAUGCAUUCACAGCUCGAGAAGAGCAACGUGUCACACAAACAUGAAACACAAGUAAAUCUGGAAAGCAACCAGCUGACGUCGGUGAGGAUUGAGACAGAAGUGAAAGUAAAAGAGAAGAAAAGUCAGAUGGUUCCACCUGUGAAGGAAGCUGAAGCGGAGAUGAGGAAGGGAAAGCCGGUGCAGAAAAAUGAGAGUGAAGUGAAGCCAUCAGUUACUGUUUUAAUGCCUAAGGUGGCUAAGAUAACGUCUGCAGCAACCCAUGAAGGACGAGGCCACGUAUCCGUCUCCCACAGUCAGCAAAGCAUGAAGGCAGAGCAUGUUCAGCGACACGAAGAGGUGGCUGUGAUACAGCAGAGCGUUCAGAGGCAGGAGGCCGUUCAGAUGCAGAAACAGCAAACGAAGCUGCAAGCAACGGAGAAAAUGCAGAUGAAGUCAAAAGUGGAGCCUCAGGAUGUGUUGGUGAAAGGGACAGGGAAGAUGACCCAUAAAGAUGAGGCUCACCAAGAAGAGAUCACAGAUUCAGAGAAAUGCAGUGUGAUGCAGAAGCUGCUCGCUCAAAUGAAAGAGCUUGAGGGCACACCGAGCAAAAUAGACUCCAACGCUGUCAGGAUGAUUAUAGGCGACGUCCCUGACUGGGUAAUGGGCUCGGAUGAGAAAAAGAAUUUAAGUGAAAUCGCCAAACAGAAGAGCAAGAAAAAAUUGAAAGAAAUGAUGGUCUAUGUGACGAAUAUCGUUCAAGCAAAGCUCACAUUUUUGGAGAAAACCCUGACAGCUGUGAAAAAGGAAGGAGAAAAAGAAGAAGUGCCGGUGCCACCACCAGUUCCUCAAAAACCAGACAAGAAGGUUUUCAGUGCGGCGACGACGAAGGUGUCAAAGAUCAGCAUCGGCUCAUCCAAAACCGACAAGAAGGUGGUGGUGGAGGAGAAGAAAUCCAUUCAACAGAGCAAAGGGCAUCAUGAGCUGAGUGAAGUGGCGGAUCAGAGGGUGUCGUCCCCGUUAGCGAGCAUCCGAACUCCGUCACCGACUUUUAUCACCAUUGAAUCCAGGAAGGUAGACUCUCCUCUUAGAGUCACUCCUUCCCCUCCACCCUACAAGUCGGUCGGGACGCCUCCACCUCCUCCUCGUAAGUCGUACACGCCAACGUCUACCUUCAGCAGGGCCACGCCUUCCCCCACCCUCAGCCGCUCAGAGAAGCUGAUGAAACUGAGGGAUACGACCUCCAAGCUUUCUCGUGGCUUCACCCCUCCACCUCCCAUGCCGGUUCCUGAGUUUUUUGCCGCCGAACGAGAGCGAACAUCGUCGUUCAGCGACAGGGAGACGCCUAUCGAGAGAACUGAGCACGAGUUGGUGGAUGUCACGGAAAUGGUGGAUUCCAUGACGACGGUUAAGGACAAAAAGUCUUUUUUUGAGGAUGCGCAGAAGGCCGAAGUGAACAAGACCUACUUCAGGAAGGAUCCCAUCGAUAUCCCUGAACGUUUGGGACCUGAUGCUGAGGAAGCCGUACAGACUGUGACCAUAGAUCUCCUGAAAGAGGAUCUCCCUAAAGUCGAUUUAUCAAAGCUGGUGAACAGAUUUGAAUCUCCAAAACCAAAAGUCUAUGCCAGGAAGGAGCCCAUUGUGAUUUCGGAGAGGCUGGGAAGCGACACGGAGGAUGCUGAGGCAGAGCCGCAUACGCCAAGAACCGAAGAAAUCCCAACAUUCAACGUCAAAGCAAUAAAGGAUGUGUUUGAGACCGGAGAGCACAGUUCCCAAGCAGCCCGAGAGCUCAGAGAACAAAUAGAAAGAAGAGAACCUGAAUCUGCCUGUUCGGAGCCUCUGGGUCACUCGCACAUGACUUCGGUCACUGAGCAAUUCUGCAGCAUUGACGACUUCGGAAACAUGACGACGGAGACGAGGAGCGAGAUGCAUUCAGGAAGCCCCGUGACCCGCGGCAACCCUCCGUCCUACGCAGACGUGGUGAGGGGUAGAGUUCCAACGGUGGCCGUGCCCCCCGAGGCCUCCACCGAGGAGCUGCUGAGAAGCUUCCAGCAGUCCUGGGCCGAGAGCCAAGGAGUUUUCCAGAACCUGGGAUUCAGCGUCACGGAGCAGAGGACUUCUCAGAUCGUAACGCACCAGCAGGAGACUGUCGUAACGGGUAAACUGAGCUGUGCCGCAUGAGGAAGCCCAGCGUGCCUGACGGUGUGCUUUGUGUGACGAUUUUAAAGCAUCAACUGCAUCGUGUGGAAAGAAAAGAGGCAUUAACAUUGGUUUGACACUGGUAUUUAUGCCAAUUGAUUUUUUAGUUUUAUUGACAUGUUUUCCCUGAUUUUAAAUGUUCCCACUAAAACAGUCUAGGUGCUGGCAGCUUCACACUUUUUAAUAUUCACAGGUUGCAUUUCGUUGUGUUUAUUCGUGCCUCUGAUGUGUGAAGCUGGCAUCGACGCUAACAUAUUGAACUAAUAUUUCUCCUGCAUGGGUGUGGGAUGCUGUUUUCUCAGUGGGGCGGCGUACAACUGCUUGAAAUGUCUCCAGAAAGAAGAAAAUAACAUGUUUCAUUUUCACUUUCUUGUUGUCCAAAAUGGGGUAUAACAAUGAAAUAACUACACUGUUGAACACCUUGGAGACCUGCAUUGUGUCGUGUGAUGGAAAUUAACACUUCCCUUCUGCAAUUUAACCAUUUAACUCCAACACAUGAAAGGUUUUGGUCUUUUUUUUGUCAUUAUUUUUAAUAAUUUCAUGGGAAUUUUCCUGGAAAGAGUGAAACAUUGCUUCAUUAAUACCUUUCUGUGAGAAUCUUAACUCUCCAUCUAUGUCAAAUUGUAAUUAGAACUCACAUAAAUUGAUACGAACAAGUCUAUUUAAAGAGUGACACAUGAUUUUAGAGUCACCACACUGUACCGACAAAAUACCGCAGUCUUUCUUGAGUGUUUUAGAAAUGGUGUGACUUUUACAGCUGCUGCCUCACUCAGUCUGUUGUUGUCAGCGCUGAGCGGUGGCUAAACUUUAAACGAGUGAGUCACCUUGAAGAUGUAGCUAAAGCCCACAAUCCAAGAAAAUCUCAGGAAAUGGAGGGAAAGUUAACGUUACAUCAUCCUGUAGUUGUUGCAGUGGAGGAAGUUGUGCAGAAGCCAACAAAAGUGGAAAAAAUAGCAAAAUAAUAAGAAUAAAAGAGCUAUAUAUGGCUUAAAACCAAAGCAAGAUCAAUGAAAUAAGGACCUAAUCAUCAAUUAGCCGAUUAGCUAACAUAAUGUAGCAUUAGAACACAGCCUUGGUGUGACGAUAGUAACACGUCAGUCCAGAGGGCUGAAGUCCUGAUUCAGUCUUUAAUAACAAGAAACUUCCACAGGAUAACCUGCUUCACACCUCUGAAUAAUCCUGGUCCAUGGCUGACAUUUUUACCUGUCAAACCUCAGUUACGUAAAGGUCGAGUACGAGAUUCUAAAAGUCAAAUUUAGGGAACAUCACCUCACACUCCGCUAGCUGUCUGUCUGGUUCAUGUGCUAAAAAGAACAAUCCAGUGUUCAGAAAGAAAUGGACAGUACUGUUUAAAAGUUUGGGAACACCCAGUCACCUCAGACAAAUUUUAUCCAUGUGCUAGCAUAACUGCACAAGGGUUUUCUAAUCAUCAAUGAGCCAAUUAGCUAACACAACGUAGCAUUAGAGCACAGGAGUGAUGGUUGCUGGAAAUGUUCCUCUGUACCCCUAUGGAGAUAUUCCAUUAAACAUUUCCAUUUCCAGAAUUACAUUUUUGUGUGUAAUUUAUUCUAGAUUUCAUGAUUCUUUCCAGGAAAUUACCUAGAAAUGUUUUACACUGCAAAAACUCAAAAUCUUACCAAGUCUAUUCGUCUUAUUUUUAGUCAAAAUUUCUCAUCCCCCCUUGAUUUAAGAUAAAUUCACUUAACAAGAGACAUUUCUAUCUUGUUCAGUCAAACAAUCUUGAAAUUAUCUUGCUGCGAGUUGAAUUUUACAAGAAAAUUCGAAAUAAGUUUAGCCCUCGUGUCGUCCUGAGGGUCAAAAUUGACCCGUUUUAAAGUUUGAAAAAGUGAAAAAAAAAAAUUAUAUGUUCACAGUGAAGCUUGCGAUGUCCACAUUUUCAACAUUUCUGGAAAACAAAACAACAAAAACAUGAGACAAAUGACAAAAAUCAGACAAAAAACCAACAAGAAUGAGACACAAAAUGACAAAAAUCAGAUAAAUGACACAAAAAAAACAAAAAAAGAGACAUUUUUGAACAUUUUUUGGUGUAAAUAAAGAAAAGUUUAAAAAAA